AUGCGUUGUUGUUGGCUGGGAAUUCUGGCUGGGACCUGCAUAUCCCUGGCGAUGGCCAUCACAAUUCCCACAGAAAUCCAAAACCCCAACCUAAAGGCUUAUGAGAUGCAUUUAAAAGUCUUGCUACAGAAAAUCCUUUGGACUGCCAAUGUUAAGCGUUGUUUUAGCGUUAUCACAGAUGAUCUGCAUUAUCCUAUAUAUGAUCGGAUAUUUUUCGAAUCGGUGGGUCGUCAAGUAAUCCCAUUCUUUGUGAUGCGAGCAAAUGCCAGUGAGGAUCUCCUGCGGCCACCCAAGCAAGUUGAGCUCUUUGUUACGGCCAUUAAGGCCAGUGAUUGUGAAUUAACUUUAAUCACUAUACUAAACGGCUGGCAGGUCCAGCGUUUCCUGAGAUAUAUCUACGACAACAGAUCUUUGAAUUUGCAGAAAAAGUUUAUCUUACUUUAUGAUUCGCGACUUUUCGAGAGGGAUAUGAUUCACCUGUGGAGCGUCUUUGUGGGUACCAUUUUUCUCAAAAGGGAGUUGGAUAAUAAGUUUACCAUCUCUACCAUUGCCUUUCCUGGCAUUUUGAGUGGCGUUCUGGUUCUUAAGAAUAUUGCCAACUGGGAACUGGGAAAAGGUGUUAAUGGAAGGAUUUUGUUUGCUGACAAGACAGGUAACUUGUAUGGAGCCCCAAUGCCAGUGGCCAUUGCCGAGCACGUGCCCAUGGUUAUGUGGGUGAACGCGACGAACAGCUUCCAAGGAGUUGAAGUGGAGAUUAUGAAUGCCCUGGGCAAGGCGCUAAACUUCAAACCCGUUUACUACAGACCCAAUCAAAGUGAAAACCUAGACUGGGAGCUGGAAACGGGCUAUGGAAAUAGUAAUCCCGAUGGAUAUGGACAGAAUGAGACUUACAUAGACUCAAUGCUUAUAGAUGAGGUGGCAGCUCACAAUGCUCGCUUUGCCAUUGGGGAUUUGCAUCAGUUCCAGGUUUAUUUGCAAUUCGUGGAGCUAAGUUUGCCACACGAUUUCGAGUGUCUUACCUUCCUAACACCGGAAGCCUCGACAGACAACUCCUGGCAGACCUUCAUCCUUCCAUUUAGCGGUGGAAUGUGGGCUGGUGUCUUAGUCUCACUCUUUGUAGUCGGCACUGUCUUUUAUGGCAUUAGUUUCUUAAAUGCCAUUAUCAACAGGAAUGUAUCUUCUGGAUUCUUUCGUUUCCUUCGGAGAAAUCAUGCAGUUCCCAUGGAUCCGAAAAUCUAUCGAAGAAUUAGUUUUCGCAUUGCCAUUAGUCGCUAUCGUCCCCCUAAAGAAUCUCGGAGACCUCGCGAUCUCUUCGAUGAUUAUGCCAACUGCAUUCUGCUUACCUAUAGUAUGCUCCUCUAUGUGGCUCUACCUCGAAUGCCUCGCAAUUGGCCUUUGAGGGUUCUGACGGGUUGGUAUUGGAUCUACUGCAUCCUCUUGGUGGCCACAUAUAGGGCCAGCUUCACUGCCAUUUUAGCCAAUCCAGCUGCCAGAGUUACUAUUGAUACUCUGGAGGAUUUGCUAGGCUCCCAUAUACCACCCUCUGCUGGAGCCACUGAGAAUAGACAGUUUUUCUUAGAUGCCGAUGAUGAGAUUGCUAGAAAAGUGGGCAAUAAGAUGGAGGUGGUUGGACCCAGCGAUGAUUUGACCUCUCGCAUUGCCAAAGGUCAGUGCGCCUACUACGACAACGAGUUCUAUCUACGUUACUUAAGAGUGGCGGAUGAAUCUGGAUCUGGAAUCGGAUCAGCUCUGCAUAUCAUGAAGGAAUGUGUGGUCUAUAUGCCCGUAGUGCUGGCCAUGGAGAAGAACUCUGCUCUGAAAGAACAUGUUGAUAGCUCCAUUCAACAUCUGGCAGAGGGUGGUCUCAUAUCUAAGUGGCUUAAGGAUGCCAUAGAGCAUCUGCCGGCGGAGGCUCCUGCCCAACAGGAGGCCCUUAUGAAUAUCCAGAAAUUCUGGAGUUCUUUCGUGGCCCUGGGUGUGGGUUAUGUUAUAUCUGUUCUAACACUUUUCGCCGAGAGAUGGCAUUUUAAGCAUUUUAUUAUGAAACAUCCCAUGUAUGAUGUCUACAAUCCAAGUUUGUACUAUAAUUUUAAAAGAAUGUAUCCAGAGCAAUGAAAAGGAAAACUUAAUAAAA